UUACCCCAACACUGUUUUGCUGAGACGUUAAGAGUAGUAUUUAUAUAAUAUAACAAUACAAGUUUCAAUGUUUAUAUUAAAAUCUCACCUCAGGGAAACACUUCAGAGAGAGAUAACAGCAAACAACAUGGCAACAGCCUCAGGUAAUCACUUCGAGUGGCAGCUGUUUAAUGGACAGCAGUGGGUUUCGAUCUUUAAUGAUUUUGUCAUUGAGGCCCAUUACUGUCAGCCGGGGGCAAAUGGGAUUACCAUCAACCUCAACAUGGGGCCUGCCUAUAUUGACUUUGAUGAAAUGACAGUCGACGGACCUCUUGUUAACUUGAGUAUACGGCGUAAUACGCUGCUCUCCCAAAACCAGAAAGAAGUAAUGGGCUGGUACUACAAAGAUAACCAUCGCUGGUGCGAAUAUGGAUCUCAGGGAUCGGGUAGGAAGUCAUCCUUGAUUAGAAGCGAUUUUAUAGAGCAGCAGUACAACAGUAACCCAAGGGGCUCAGUUCAGUUUACUGUAGGAAGCAUGACGUACAUGGUGGACUUCACCGCCAUGACUCAAACCAAUAUGUCCACACGCAUGUUGAGGAAAGUGAGACGGCGGCCGAAAUUCAAUGAAGUAGUAACAGACAACAGCAGUAAUCAAAACAG